AUGCCGCGCUUCGCCUUGGCUACAUGGACUCUACUGUCCUUCUUUGGCCCGGUCCUUGGGGAUGUUCAAGAACUGGAGCAGAAGCUUCAGAGGCUCAAGGCCAAGGCGGACGCGGAUCCACAGACUCAGCAGACCCUUGCUGACCUGGAGCAGCAGCUGAAGGGCCUCAAAGAGCAGCUGAAGAAGACCAAGGAUGAGAUGGAGAGGUCCCAGAAGGAGACGGCCCAGGCAGACGACCGGUGGGCUGGAGCCUGCUUUGCGAUGGCUGCGGAGGUUCGGGGCGGUAGCAUCUCAGAGGAGGACAUGCGCUUCCUGGAGCGCCUCGCCGAAGGGAACGUGACUUUGGAAGAGGCCGCCGAGGUGCAAUUGAUCCGACUGGCCACUGUGUGCCUGGGGAAGAGGCUGGAUGAAGGCUCGGAAGAUUAUGCCAAAGCUCGAGAGCUGCAGUUCCAGUUCAGCAGGGAGAGAAAACGAGGGCGGGUCCUCUCUCUGCCCGCCGAGUGGGUAGAAGAAGCGGAAGGGGCCGCGGUGAAGGAGCAGGCGCCAUGGACAGAGCGGGAUCAGCCAGUUUCAGCUGCUGUAGAUUGGGAAGUGGUGAUCGACUCCAGCUGA